AUGUCCGAACUUUGUGAUUCUCUUUCGGUUGUGUUCACGGAUUCACCGAAAAUCGAGGAUCACCUAUUCGCCAAAGCGAUUCGAUGGGCUGACCAAAAUCCAGAAGAUGUAGUUUUUUGGGCAAGGAGACAGGCGUUGGAAAGAAUCCCAGAUGUAGACGUUGACUGGUCAUCAAAGAUCCGUGCUCUACGAAGAAUUCGCUUCGGAUAUAACCGCAAAAAUCUGAUACUCGGAUGCAUUAACGAAGCCAUCAAGUCAAGUAUGGAUUCUGAAAUUGCUGCGAUUUUUUGCUCGUUGAGUAUUCCGAAGACGUGCUCAGAAAUGGGAUCUCUUCUAGCCGCGCUUGCAUCUUUUUGUAAUGGAAAUGAUGGAAGAGCGGUGGUAGUGAUUGAUUUGAAAGAAGAUAAUGAUAUUGAUGAAGGAGAAGAAGAAGAGGCAGAAGAAACUGAUCAUUUUGAAAAUUCCGAUUUUCUGGCAGAAGAAGAACAAAAGGCGGGAGAAGUAUUUAAGGAGGAGAAAGUUGAAGAUAAGAAAUCAGAAAAAGAUAAAAAAGAAUUUCUGAAGAAGCUGAAAAUCGUUUCCAGAAUGUACACAAACAAUGUGCUGAAUUUCAAUGAAGAUGAAUUUUCAAAAUGUGCCUAA